AACAACAACAAUAACAAAAAGAUUAGUCUUAAAGUUGAUCCGCAGACUACUACUACUACAUCUAUAACAACAACUACUACUACACGUAUUAACCACAGGCACUGUUGUAUUGGCCAAACUGGGCAUCGGUUUUGUGUCGGUGUCGUCGGGUAAAUGACAACAACAGAUACUACAAACCAAUGGAUUCAGGACUUACCAAAAGUACCGGUUCCUGAUCUACAUAAAACACUGGAACGAUACUUAUCGGCACUGAAACCGGUGAUCCCAGUGGCACAAUACGAACAGACUAGACGUACGGUCGACCAGUUUCUGGAGGCCGAUGGAGAGGGAGACAGACUACAGGCGCUGCUUAAACAAUGGGCCGAUCAGACAGACAACUGGAUAACUCCAAUAUGGUUAGAGGACAUGUAUCUACUAAAUGCCGUACCGUUGCCGAUAAAUUCGAGUCCAUUUUAUUUGUUUCCGCGCCAACAGUUCAGGACAGCCAACGAUCAGUUAAGAUUAGCCGUAGAGGUCAUCAAAUUUGUCUACGAUUUCAGAAACCGUAUCCAAACUGAAAAUCUGACACAAGAUUUCGGCGCCGGUCACGGAAAAGGACAGCCCCUUUGUAUGAACACGUAUACCAACUUUUUCCGAGCUUAUAGACUUCCCGGCGAAGAUAAGGACGAAAUCUUAUUGAUCGACAAUAAUAAGACAACUACUGGUAAUACCACUGAAGCCAACGAUGAUGACGAUAAUAACUACCACUACAACAACAACGACAACAGUAGCGAACAUAUUGUCAUUGCCUCCAGAAAUCAGUUUUUUGUCCUACAAUUCAAACGCAACGAAUUGCCCGCCGAAGACAUACUGUUUGAUAAACUAAAGUACAUCUGGUUUUUGGCCAAAGAGUACGAAUCGUUGGCACCGAUUGUCGGUAUACUUACCACUGAAAACCGUAAGAUAUGGGCCAACACACGAAAGAGACUGUUAUUGAGCGAUAUCAACAAACAAUCGCUAAAAUAUCUGGAGACCUGUCUGUUCAUUGUCUGCAUCGACGACUUUGUAUCCAAUAAGACCAUCAAAAACCAUCAGAGACGGGAUUCAAUACAAAUGGCACGAAUGGAUCCGCAAUAUAUGGCGUCAAUGGUAUUACAUGGCGGCGGCAGUCAGUUAUAUACGCCUAACCGUUGGUUUGAUAAGUUUCUUCAGAUAGUCAUAGGAAAGGACGGCAUACUUGGCUUUAUAUGCGAACAUUCGGUAUCGGAAGGCGUAACUGUUAUGCGAUUAUGUGAGGAACUGGUCAACUAUCUGGACGAACAUCCUAUACAUGGCUCCGGUAGUUAUUGGCAGAGACGUGAUUCGACAAAAAAUAACCAACAAAACCAACAGUUGUCCACCAGCACCACCAUCAACACCAAGUGUCCAAAUCUACAUAAGGGACUGUUUGGUUUGCAAUGGGAUAUCGACGAUACCGUUAGAUUUCAAUUGAUUGAGUCGACCAAACGUAUAGACAAAUUGAUAUCGGAUGUCGAUCUCUAUGUCCUACAGUUCAACGAAUUUGGCAAACAGUUUAUUAAGUCACAGCUGAUGAGUCCCGACGCCUUUGUCCAACUGGCCCUACAGCUGACCUACUAUAAGGUUCAUCGGAAACUGGUAUCGACCUACGAAAGUGCAUCGAUCAGGCAGUUUCGGUUGGGUAGGGUUGAUAAUAUAAGGUCGGCAACCAUCGAGGCCCUGGGCUGGGCUAAGGCCAUGUGCGAUGAGAUACCGGAAAUUACUGAAAAACAUAAGAUUGAAAUGUUUCAAAAAGCUAUGAGAAAACAAACGGAAAUAUUAAAAUAUACAAUUUCUGGCCACGGAAUCGACAAUCAUUUGCUAGGUUUGCGUGAAAUAGCAAAACAAUCAGCCAGUGAUACGCCGAUACUGUUCAGGGAAAAGUCGUUCAAAGAGUUUAGCAAUUUUCGUCUAUCGACUAGUCAGGUGUCCAACAAUAAGGGUAUACUUGUCGGCUAUGGGCCGGUAGUUCCCGAUGGUUACGGUUGUUCCUAUAAUAUUACCGCCGAUGACAUCCAAUUUUCUAUUAGUUCGUUCUUCAGCUCAACGGAAACCAGUUCCGACUUUUUCGCCCUCAGUCUCGAGGGUAGUCUACUUCAGAUGCGGGAGAUUUGCAUCAAAAUUAAUACUAAUAUCUAAUGAUUGAAAAUCAAACCAAAAAACUAAACUAAAGUCUUUCAAAAAAAAUU